AUGCAGUACACAUGUUUAUCGCUGCCUGGUGUGCAGGUAGCAUUCGUGAAACCCACAAGCAGAGUUCCAAGGCCCCAUGAGGGCUGGGUGUUCAGCAAGCCUCAAUGCCGAGGCACCUGGCCAGGAACCAACAAGGGAGACACUCCGCUGGAAGAGAGAAAGAUUGCCGACACACACCUGGCCUGCUGGCAGGGCUCGGGUACUUGUCUGGACUACCUGUGCCCAGCCCCACCAGCUGCAAAGCCAGGACAGCCCUCUGGCAUUUCUCUCACGGACGUGUGUGACAAUGACAGGCUGCUCAAGCCCAUCCUGGAUCUGCUUGAUUUUAUUAAUCAAAAAUGGCCGCUCACCAAAGACAUCUUCAGGACAGUGACCAGUAAAGAAUCCUGCAGAUCCAUAAAGGAGGAGCUCAAUUCCGGGGACAAAGGCAACUGUGAUGGAAACCAAGAAAACCAAGGAAGUGUAUUUUCAUCCAGUCUCUCUGAUAAAUGGCUUGCUGAUCCUAAGCAAGGUGAGAGCGAGGAUGAGAAACUAUCUGCCACCUGGAGGCUUUUAGACCAGCUGCCGAGAGCCCACGCUGCCCUCUUGCGGUAUCUCUUUGGAGUAUUACACAUCGAGCAGCAGAUGACACACAAGAUGACAGCUUAUGUUAUACACUGCAUAGCCCAGAGACUUCUUUGUCUGCCCAGUCCUUGCAACACAGACUACACCCACAGCGAAGGUAGUACAUCAUCUGAGGGCACCCAUCAUACUCUGCUGCUUCACGGCCACGUAGAACUCAGAAGAGGCGGCAGGGCACAGCAGCGGCACCUCUUCUUCUACAGCGAUUUGCUGCUUGUGUCUGACACCAACUCACUCGCAGGCUUCUGCUGGAAAUUCUUUGAACCUGCUCAAGCCCAUCCUGGAUCUGCUUUAUUUUAUCAAUCAAAAACGGCUGCUCACCAAAGACAUCUUCAGGACAGUGACCAGAAAAGAAAAUCCUGCAGAUCCAUAAAGGAGCAGCUCAAUUCCGGGGACAAACGGAACUGGGAUGGUGAAUCCGUCUCUGUGGCAGAGGUGGUCUUAAAAGACUUUUUUGAAAAUAUCCAAGGAAGUGUAUUUUCAUCCAGUCUCUAUGGUAAAUGCCUUGGUGAUACUGAGCAAGGGGAGAGCGAGGAUGAGAAAAUAACUGUCACCUGGAGGCUUUUAGACGAGGUGCCGAGAGCCAAUGUUGUUCCCUUGCAGUAUCUUUUUGGACCAUUACACAACAUCGAGCAGCAGGCGACACACAAGAUGAGAGCUCUGUGAAUGGUGGUAUCAGUGAGGCUGCAGAUUCCUGCCAGAAGAGAGUCACAAAAGUGCAGGCACACACAUGGCCUGUUGGCAGGGCUCGGGUACUUGUCCAGACUACCCCUGCCUGGCCCCACCAACUGCAAAGCCCGAACAGCUCUCUGGCAUUUCUCUCAUGGACAUGUGUGACAAUGACGAACUGCUCAACUGCAUCCUGGAUCUGCUUGAUUUCAUCAAUCAAAAACGGCCGCUCACAAAAGACAUCUUCAGGACAGCGACCAGAAAAGAAUCCUGCACAUCCCUAAAGGAGCAGCUCAAUUCUGGGGAUGAAGGGAACUGGGAUGGUCAAUCUGCGGUGUGGCAGUGGCGGUCUUAAAGGAUUUUCUUGAGAAUAUCCAAGGAAGUGUAUUUUCAUCCAGUCUCUCUGAUAAAUGGCUUGCUGAUCCUGAGCAAGGAGAAAGCUAGGAUGAGAAAGUAUCUGCCACCUGGAGACUUUUAGAUCAGCUGCCGAGAGCCGAUGCUGUCCUCUUGCGGUAUCUCUUUGGAGUAUUACACAUCGAGCAGCAUAUGACACACAAGAUGACAGCUUAUGUUUUAUCACUGCGUAGCCCAGAGCCUUCUUUGUCUGCCCAGUCCUUGCAACACAGACUACACCCACAGCGAAGGUACUACAUCAUCUGAGGGCACCCAUCAUACUCUGCUGCUUCACGGCCACGUAGAACUCAGAAGAGGCGGCAGGGGACAGCAGCGGCACCUCUUCUUCUACAGCGAUUUGCUGCUUGUGUCUGACACCAACUCACUCGCAGGCUUCUGCUGGAAAUUCUUUGAACGUUGAAAUCAACUGAAAUGGAAGAAGUAGUUGACUCACUGCUACCUAAGUAUUUGAUGAGCGUAUGAAAAAACCUGUGAGAAAAAAAUUCAGUAUCGAUGAACACGGUGUGGACUGCUGACUUUAUGCGGAGAGCCAACAUCAGUGCCCAGAGGUCCUUUGUCUUGGGCUGGCCCACGGUGAACUUUGUGGCCUCCUGUAGAUCUCCAGAACUAAAGGAAAAUGGUACUCUUUCCUUCAAAGAUACACCAAUCUAGCCAAAGAGAAGGACCAGCCCAAAAACAUUCCCCUCAAAAUCUGCACUGGGGACAUCAAGAACUGUGCUUGUUCUAUACCGAUAACAGUAACAAAUUCAGACACAGUGAAUGAUGUCAUCAACAUGACACUACCAGUGCUAGGAAUAACUGGCUCCGAGAAAGAUUACCAGCUGUGGGUCAGUUCUGACAAGGAAAAGACCCCAUAUCUAAUCAUUGGGAAUGAAUGUCCCUGUGGAACUAAAAUGAGCCAUCUUCCAGCUACUACUUUCCAGCCCCAGGGACUGGAGGAUUCUGCCUCUUCUUUCAUUCUGAGGCCAAGGCACGUGGCCAGGAAUCAACAAGGGAGACACUCCGCUGGAAGAGAGAAAGAUUGCCGACACACACCUGGCAUGUUGGCAGGGCUCGGGUACUUGUGUGGACUAUCCCUGCCCAGCUCCACCGGCUGCAAAGCCAGGACUGCCCUGUGGCAUUUCUCUCAUGGACGUGUGUGACAAUGACAAACUGCUCAAGCCCAUCCUGGAUCUGCUUGAUUUUAUCAAUCAAAAACGGCUGCUCACCAAAGACAUCUUCAGGACAGUGACCAGAAAAGAAAAUCCUGCAGAUCCAUAAAGGAGCAGCUCAAUUCCGGGGACAAAGCAAACUGGGAUGGUGAAUCUGACUUUGUGUCAGAGGUGGUCUUAAAGGACUUUUUUGAACAUAUCCAAGGAAGUGUAUUUUCAUCCAGUCUCUAUGGUAAAUGCCUUGCUGAUCCUGAGCAAGGGGAGAGCGAGGAUGAGAAAAUAACUGUCACCAGGAGGCUUUUAGACCAGGUACCGAGAGCCAAUGUUGUUCCCUCGCAGUAUCUUUUUGGACCAUUACACAACAUCGAGCAGCAGGCAACACACAAUAUGACAGCUUAUGGUUUGUCACUGCAUAGCCCAGAGCCUUCUUUGUCUGCCCAGUCCCUGCAACGCAGAUUUGGGAAGGGACUUGGAAAAAAAGCUUAGUCUUGUGCAAUUUCUCACUGAAAACUGCCUCAAGAUAUUUGGAGAAGAUGUCCCUUCCCUCCUGGAGGAGAGCUCUGUGAAUGCUGGUACCAGUGAGGCUGCAGAAUCCUGCCAGAAGAGAGUCACAAAAGUGCAGGCACACACAUGGCCUGUUGGCAGGGCUCGGGUACUUGUCCAGACUAAACCUGCCUGGCCCCACCAACUGCAAAGCCCGGACAGCCCUCUGGCAUUUCUCUCAUGGACGUGUGUGACAAUGACGAGCUGCUCAAGCCCAUCCUGGAUCUGCUUGAUUUUAUCAAUCAAAAACGGCCGCUCACCAAAGACAUCUUCAGGACAGUGACCAGAAAAGAAAAUCCUGCAGAUCCAUAAAGGAGCAGCUCAAUUCCGGGGACAAAGGGAACU